UGGGCCAGGCUGGAUUGUGAUAGCGACAGAUGUCUGAGGGGCACUCCUCCUCACCAGUCUCACACCGCACCUCGGAGAGCCUGCAGCUGUCACUCGCAAGGCUUUCACCUCCAUUAUCACAUUCAAGCGGAGUCUGGAGACCAUCUGAGAACUCUCCUCGAAUACAGGUGACACCAUGGGAGGGAAACUGAGCAAGAAGAAGAAGGGUUAUGAUGUGAGUGACCCCAAAGAGAAGAAGGACGAUGCUGCAGCACCAACUGCAAGUGCAGAAGAGUCUGGCAAAGUGGAGGAUGCGGCGCCAUCAGCAGAAGCUCAGGUGACAACCGAAUCCGGCAACUUGGAAGAGGAUGCUGCGGGAUCCGCUGUUGCAGCAGUAAAAGAAGCAGAGCAAGCUCCAGAAGAGCCAAAAUCUGCCCCGCCUGAAGAACAAGCAGCUGUGUCAGCUCCAGCACCAGAAGAAUCAGUCGCAGUCACGGAAGAAGCAGCUCCAGAAGAAUCGGUCGCCGUUAAGGCAGAAACAACUCCAGUUCUAGAAGAACCAGUCACAGUGAAAGAAGAAGCACCACCUGCUCAAGAAGAACCCGUCACCGUCAAGGAAGAAACGGUUCCAGUAUCAGAGGAACCAGUGGCAGUCAAAGAAGAAGCAGAUCCAGUUCCAGAAGAACUAGUUAAAGAAGAAGCUGCUCCAGUAUCAAAAGAACCAACCACUGUCAAAGAAGAAGAAGCACCAGAAGAACCUUCCGUUACGGAGCAAGCAUCUGUCACACCAAACGAGCCGGCAGUUAUGUCAGAAGAAGCAGUUGCAGUACCAGAGGAACCAGUUGCUGUACCAGAGGAACCAGUUGCUGUACCAGAGGAACCAGUUGCAGUACCAGAGGAAGCUUCUCCAGUUCUUGAAGAAGCACCUGCGGUAUCAGAGGAGGCAUCCCCAGUACCAGAAGAACCAAUAGUGUGCUGCACUGUUGUAACAACUGAGGCACAACCAGAGUCUACAACUUGUCCAGUAGAAGAACCAGAACCUGUGGAAGAGAAAGAAGCAGAGGUCAUUCCUGUGAGUCCCGAGGAGCUACCCGAAGAACCGGAACCCAUUCCAGUGACUGUUACUGAGCCAGAGGCCAUUUUGGAGGAAACAGCCCCACCGGCAUCUUCUCAGGAAGCUAAACCAGUCUCGGAGCCAGAUCCAGAACCAGAGGAAAUCACUGAGCCUGAACCAGAGCCAGUUGCAGAACCCAUGCCGGAACCAGUGCCAGAAAAGAACCUUGCCACAGAGGAACCUGUGCCUGAGGAACAAGACCAAGAAAAUGAACCUGAACCAACGGUUACCAUCGAUGAACUUGAGACUGCGAAUGCAGAGGAGGUCCAAAACGAAUGUCUGCCUUCAGAGGAGGAAUCAGCUACAGAAGGAGAUUCUUGCACCGAAGCUGUGGUUGCUGAAGCUUCUGUGGAAGACGUGCCUUGCUCAGAGAGUCCAGUAAAAACACAGAUGGAAAACGGUAAUAUUGAGAUCUCUCCUCUUCCAGAGGACGUCAUGGAAGUGGCGUCUCUCCCGGUUCUAAACGGAGAACGUACACACCCCGAGGGGUGUGUUAACGGUAUUGAAAAGUCAGUGGAGUCGCCUGUCAAGAAGCAGAGUGACUUUGAACUGAAAAUGGACGUUAAUCUGAGUGGGGAUGUCCUGGAAGCCCCGGACGGUGUCUCUGACAUGGUGGAGACUCUCAGCACUGAGGUCACACAGGAAGUGUGAUGAAGCUGCAGUACCUUUCAAAUUAAUGUGAAUUUUGAUGCGAAAGAGUAAACACAACAUUGUUGUGUUUUUCAAGGCAAUUAUAUAUUUUGCUUUGAUUCACCAAAACACGAUCACUUGUUGACAGAGGGAUCAAACGUAGAUAGUAAGUAACAUAGAAGUACAGCGGACAGACCUGAGCUAUUAAUUUGAAGGGUGAGUGGACACAUACAGCUGAGUAAAAAAUACUGGACAAGCAUAAAUAUGUUAUUAAUGAAUGAAAUGAUAAAUUCUGUGUGUGUGUGAGCCCAAUUAAUAUGACUUUCAUAUAUUCUUUCUAUUACUAUGUGCAGAGGCACACACAUUUUGGCCUUUUAUAAACAAUUACACAUGUGAGAUCUGUUAAUUUCAAAAUGAUUGCUUUGGAAGAAUAAAAAGAUUGUUACCGCCCA